AUGGGUUGGCAGAGAGUGGUCGAGGAGCCUCCCAGUGGACAGCUGGAGACAGGAACACCGCCAGGUGGAGGGGAUGAGGAUGUGAAACUCCAGAAACAUGUGGGGCUUGUCGGCGGAAUCUCCUUCGUCGUUGGAACUGUCAUUGGUUCUGGAAUAUUCAUCACCCCUCAAGGUGUGCUCCAGAACACCGGCUCUGUGGGACUGUGCAUGGUGCUGUGGGCCCUGGGAGGAGUUCUGUCCAUGUUAGGUGCCCUGACCUACUCUGAGCUGGCAUCGGUUGUCCGCAAAUCAGGAGGACAGUACGCAUACCUGAACGAAGCUCUCGGACCCAUACCAGCAUUCCUGGUCGUGUGGACGCGCGAGGUGGCCAUGAGCCCCUCGUCUACAGCAGUUGUCUCCCUUACAUUUGCCGAAUAUUUUGAGUCUAUGUUUGUCGUGUGUGGAUCGCCGGAGCUGCCAAAGAAAUUGAUAGCCAUUCUUCUCAUCAUGACGUUGUCGAUCAUCAACUGCUUCAGCCCCAAACUGGCUACCCGUGUACAGGUAGUGUUCACUGGAGCAAAGCUCCUGGCACUCCUCAUGAUUGUGACUGGAGGAAUUGUGUGGAUGUCCAAAGGUGUGACGUCCGACCUGAUGACGGGGUUCACGGGCACCACCGACUCGCCUGCCUCUGUGGCUCUUGCUCUCUACUUCGUCAUGUUUUCCUACGGCGGAUGGAACAACGCGAACAAUCUUCUCGAAGAGGUUGAAAACCCGAGGAGAAAUGUUCCGUUGUCCAGCAUCGUUGGGGUUCUGGUGACAGCGUUUGUUUAUAUACUGACCAACGUAUCCUACCUCGCCGUGCUGUCCAAGAAGGAACUAUUCACAUCCACCGCAGUAGCAGUAACUUGGGGAGACCGUGUAAUGGGCGCGGCAGGGUUGAUCAUUCCGCUCUCAGUCAUGUGCUCAACGUUCGGGGCUCUGAAUGGCGGGCUCUUCAGCUCAUCAAGGAUCACCUUUGCUGCUGCACGUGACGGGAAUUUCCCAGAAUUCCUUUCCUAUAUCCACGUAAAGCACUACUCUCCGAUUCCGUCUAUUUUGUUUCAUAUAUUCUUUGCCAUCAUCAUGAUUCUGGAAGCGAGCAUCAUGUCUCUGUUGAGGUUCCUGUCCUUCCUGGCGUGGUUCUUCUACGCUCUCAGUGCCGUCUCAGUCAUCGUCCUCAGGUUCACGAGGGAGGGGGACCCACAGAGAAUCAAGAUUCCUAUGGUAAACCACGUGUUGUUCCUGAUUGUGUCGGUGUUCCUGGUGCUGACGCCCAUCAUCGACUAUCCCCGGAUUGAGUUCCUCUAUGCUGUGGUGUUCUGUGUGGGAGGGCUUGUCUUCUACAUACCCUUUGUCCACUACAAGCUCAAGCCGCGUUUCUUAGACACUUUCGAGAUGUAUCUGCAGCUGUUCCUUGAAGUGGUACCAAGUCCACAGGAGGUGUGGUGAAAUGGGGAUCAAGGUCGCGUUGCACUUAUACUACGGGCGCGUUUGUGUGGUUGUUUUACAAGUCCUGAGUAAUGCCGGUUUCACAGAGCUAGUCCACCGAGUUACCAUGCCGCAGUUUAAGGUAGCUAUCCCACUCAGACACAGUAUACUGACUCCAAACAUUCCUUGGUUUAUCUUAUGCCCUCAAUGCCAAGGGGACCCGUGAAGAUCCGGGGUAGAAUAGGUCUUCAGCAACUCAUUCUUGCCGUGAAAGGCGACUAUGCUUGUCGUAAGA